GCGCUCUCACUCGCCCAUUUUCCAGCCAGUCCCCUCCCUUGCCCACCAAAAAACCUCCACCAGCUGGCUUAGUCUGAAAGCAUUUCUUCCUCUCUUUCUUCCCUUCAUCCCACUACCAAUCUUGCAGCCUCCUCUCCCUUUUUUUCUUUUUCAACCAGUAAAAGCCGCCUUCUUGCGCCAAUACUUCAAGAUGUCUGAAGAGCAUGAUGUUACCUUCGAGUCCGCCGACGCCGGCGCCUCCAUGACCUACCCCAUGCAGUGCUCUGCUCUCCGUAAGAACGGUUUCGUCGUCAUCAAGGGCCGCCCUUGCAAGAUCAUCGACAUGUCUACCUCCAAGACUGGCAAGCACGGUCACGCCAAGGUCCAUCUCGUCGCUACCGACAUCUUCACCAACAAGAAGUACGAAGAUCUCUCCCCCUCUACCCACAACAUGGACGUCCCCAACGUCUCUCGUCGUGAGUACCAGCUUCUCGACAUUUCCGACGAUGGUUUCCUCUCCCUCAUGAACGAUGAUGGUGACACCAAGGAUGAUGUCAAGAUGCCCGAUGGCGAAAUCGGUGACAAGAUCAACAAGCUCUUCAAGGAGGAUGAGAAGGACACCAACGUCAUUAUUCUUACCUCCAUGGGUGAGGAGGCUGCUGUUGAAGCCAAGGAGGCUCCCAAGCAGUAAAUACCCUCAAAUUAAUGCGAUAAACACUGGUCAAUCAUCAUUCAACCUCUGGUCUUCCAAUGGGCGUUGGUCUUCUACUUUUUUGUGCUGAAUGUCAUCAACCUCCUCAGGGAGAUUCAGACUCGCGUGUGAUGGCUGGUGCACAUCGAAUUGAGUGGGGGCAAUGGUUUAAAGAGCGCAUCUUAUAUGCCAUUUAAAUUGUUGGACCUUUAUGAGAUUCAAUCUUUCUUUUGUUCCUUCGGCGCCCGAGACUAUGAGCAUUUCGAACCACAAAAGUAUGCAUUCGUAGCUGGGCAGUGAGAAUUAAAGAUUCGGUUAUCUGCCUUAUACCCGGCUGGAUAUCUACAAUACUUAAAAUAUGUUGAAACUCGUCUGGUUCCAUGAUAGUGCCAUUUUAUGUAGUGUUGUGAAAUAUUUAGUAGAUCCUGUAGCAAACGCCGAAACAAUCGCCCAGUGAAGUUGUACCACCACCCAUUGCAGAAUUGC